AAAUCAACGUUUCUUUGGUUGCUGCCGAUUAGAAGAAGAAUGUUCAGAAGAAAAAGAGCGGCGCAGCGCCCUGUACCAAAGAUGUGGGCGUGACACGUGUGGGACGUAAACACAGCGGCGAGGCACCACCACCACUAUCACCAGUCAGGCAUCUUUGAUUGCCAGAUCAACAACAUGAAGACCAACACGCCCCCAAUGUCCCCAGGUCCUCCAGGGGACAAUGAAGAUGAUGAAAACAUUGAUCUUGGAGAAAUACAAGAGGUCAUUGAUCUGAACGAGGGCAACCUGGAAGAACUGACUGAAGAGGAGGAUAUGGAGGAAGAGGAAACAGUUGUUGACAUGGCAACAAUAGUUUUCUCCAAGCACGAAGGUUCUGUGUUCACGUGUUCCAUCUCACCCAGUGGGAGUGUGGCGGCCACUGGUGGGGAGGAUGACUUGGCCUACGUAUGGAAAAUCAGUGACGGGGAUGUCCUUUUCACUUGCUCUGGCCAUAAGGACAGUGUGAUACAUGUGUGCUUCAGUCAUGAUGGAACACUGCUGGCAACUGGUGACUAUGCUGGCUACAUCCAGGUGUGGGAAGUGGCCUCCUCUAAGAAAGUGUGGGAGUUUGAAGUGGGAGAGCUUGGGUGGUUGAAUUGGCACCAUGCAUCCCACGUGUUGCUGGCGGGCACAGCUGAUGGGGAGAUGUGGAUGUGGCUGGUGCCUCACGGGAACACACGCACCUUUCCCAGCUAUGGCUCUCCUUCCCUCUGUGGUGCUUUCCUUUAUGAUGGAAAACGAGCCGUGGCAGGCUAUGAAGAUGGUAGUGUUCGGGUGUUUGACCUCAAGAGUGGACAGAUGUUGCAUCAACUGACUGAUGAUUCAAAUGAUGUUUCUCCAAUUAUCAACAUUGCAGUACAGAAGGAUGAUGCUUUAGUUAUUUCUGGAGCUACAAAUGGCAAAGCAAAACUGUUCAGCAUUAAUAAUGGAAAGCUUGUUGGAAGUCUCAACUGUGAGGUAUCACAAGCCACAGAUGAGGGAGCUGAUGCUGAUAUAGAUAACACUGUGGAGGCUGUCUCCUUCUGCCCCCAAAUGCCUAACGUUGCUGUCACCGCCACGUUGGCUGGCUACAUCACAAUAUGGGAUGUUUCUUCAAAGACCAUUCGAUACACACUGAGCCAAGGCUGUGGCUCAUCGCACCUCGCAUGGCAUCCUCAAGAGCCAGUGUUGUUCAGUGCCGGGCUGGAUGGUGCAGUGCGUAGCUAUGACGUGCGCUCUGGGGAACCUCUCUCCAAGUUUACAGGACACGAUGAGAGCAUUCUUUACUCAUCUAUAAGCAAUGAUGGGUCAGCUCUCCUCACAGCCUCAGAUGACGGGACAGCUCGAGUGUUUAAAUUGUCCUGAUUUGUUACCUUUGUUAUAAAUAAAAAAUAUAAUCUUUGUAAUAAAUAAAAAAAAAAAGAAACAUUGAAAAAAAAA